AUGGUCACAACGACAAGGGCUACUAACCCGACAAAUACCCUUCUUCUAUUCGGCCCGCAAGCCCUUUCCUUCUCCGCCGCGACGUUUGCCGACAUACAUGCACGAGUAGUGCAAACCUCGGAGAAUGCUUGGAUUAAGCAGACCAUCACCAGUCUACCAGGGCUGUGGGAUGCCCUUGUGAAGGAAUUUCCACAGUAUGGAGCGCUGGAAGGCAAGCAGUUGCUGCGGAAUCUCGAUAGGUGGUUCGAGACGGGGACGAUGGAGCAUGCCGAACCCCAUCUUCCUAACAUCCUUCUCAGCCCUAUGGUGGUCAUAACUCAGUUGACGGAAUAUGUGGACUACUUGAAGACGAUGCCGCAUGCAGCAGAUCAGCAAACAGAAACCGUUGGAUUUUGUACCGGCCUUUUGACUGCUCUUGCCGCAUCACUUGCCUCUGACAUCAAGGGUAUCCGCCAGUACGGCGCCAUUGCGAUCAAGCUGGCGAUGAUUAUUGGAGCGGUGGUUGAUGUGCAGGAUAUCACAAGCCCAAAUGGCCCUUCGAAAUCAUUAGCCGUGGCUUGGGAUUCGGCUGAAACUCAGGACCGACUGAACCAGAUUAUUGACCAGUCUCCAGAGGCGUAUAUAUCGGUAGAAUACGACUAUAACCGAGCGACAAUAACAACAGCAGCCAGAAGCAUCUCUUCCUUGCAACAGCGGUUACGCAAUGCCGGCCUCAUUGCUAGCGAGAUUGGAUUGCGCGGUCGCUUCCACUGUGCAUGCUAUGAGAAAGAUAUUGAGGCCUUGAGCAAAUUCUGCGAUUCUGUACCCAGCCUGUGUCUGCCAGAUGCCGCUGUGCUGGCUCUGCCGACACGUUCCAAUGAUGCCGGGUCUUUCAUUCUCAGCGGGAAGCUCCAUCAUUGCGCACUUCGAUCCAUUCUCCUGGAUACAUCCCAUUGGUAUCAGACUCUAGAUGUAGUCCGACAAUCAUGCUUAAAAUCGCCUUCCUCGAUGGUGGUUUCUUUUGGACCCGAGCGAUGCAUUCCACCGUCUAUACUGAAAGGCCUUAGCUCGAUAGUUACCACAGCGGCUGAAUAUCAACCAUCAUACUUGCACAGAGAUCCAGAGCUUUGCAAUCCGAAUGAGAUUGCUGUGAUUGGCAUGUCCUGCAAAGUGGCUGGUGCCGACGAUGUGGGUGAGUUCUGGGACCUUCUAUGCAAGGCCGAGUCUCAGCAUCAAGAGGUGCCCAAGGAGCGAUUUGGAUUCGAAAGCGCCUUUCGCGAGGUCGACCCCACGCGGAAGUGGUAUGGUAACUUCAUCAACGAACAUGACUGCUUCGACCACAAAUUCUUUAAGAAGAGCGCCCGCGAGAUUGCCGCAACCGAUCCGCAGCAGAGGCAGAUGCUGCAAGUUGCUUAUCAGGCAGUGGAGCAGUCGGGGUACUUUACGACGCCCAAGUCAGACAAGGACCGAAAGAUCGGGUGUUACAUUGGGGUGUGUGCAGCGGAUUAUGAGUACAAUGUGGCAUGCCAUCCUCCGAAUGCUUUCAUGGCCACGGGCAACCUGAAGAGUUUUGUGGCAGGCAAGAUCAGCCACUGGUUUGGCUGGACUGGACCAGGACUCUGCAUCGACACGGCAUGCUCAUCUUCCUUGGUGGCUGUUCAUCAGGCGUGUCAAGCUAUCUUGACCGGCGACUGCACCGCAGCAUUAGCUGGCGGUGCCAACAUCAUCACCCACCCGUUGUGGUACCAGAACCUGGCUGCUGCCUCCUUCCUCAGCCCGACAGGUCAAUGUAAACCGUUCGAUGCCAGCGCGGAUGGUUAUUGCAGAGGCGAGGGCUUCGCCGCCGUAUUUCUCAAGAAGAUGUCGGCCGCCAUCGCCGAUGGAGACAUGAUCAUCGGCAGUAUUAAAGCCACUGCAGUCAACCAGAAUCAGAACUGCACCCCAGUCUUCGUACCCAAUGCGCCUACACUAUCGGAUCUCUUCCGUGACGUGUUGGACCGAUCCCAGCUGACAGCUAACCAGAUCACGGUAGUGGAGGCCCAUGGCACGGGAACCCAGGUCGGCGAUCCAGCCGAGUAUGAAAGCAUUCGGAAUGUGUUGGGCGGUCCGUCACGGUCAACACCACUUCUUUUCGGAUCCGUAAAGGGCCUGGUCGGUCAUACGGAGUGUACAUCCGGAGCUGUCUCGCUGGUGAAAACACUCCUGAUGCAGCAGCAUGAGGCAAUCCCACCUCAGCCCAGCUUUGACAGAUUCAAUCCGGAAAUCCCUGUGUCCGAGUCGGACAAUAUGCAGAUUGCCACCAGGUUUUCACCCUGGACUGCAGAAUACCGUGCUGCUCUCAUCAACAACUACGGGGCCUGUGGAUCUAAUGCGUCAAUGGUCGUAGCCCAGGCGCCAAGAACGGAGCAGAAGCGGAGUGCUACAAGACGGACCUCCCUUGUCCUCGACUACCCAUUCCGUCUCUGUGGAUCCGAUGAUCGGGCCUUGCGAGCCUACAGUGAGCGAUUACUGCGCUUCAUAGCUAGCGGCAUAAAGGACGGAAUGUCCAUGGCAGAUCUCGCUUUCAACGUUUGUCGGCAGUCCAACCCUACUCUGGAUCGAUCAUUGGCGUUUGCCUGUCGUACAACACAGGAGGUGGAGGAAAAGCUGAGGGCUUUCGUCGCCGGGAACCAAGGACUCAUUUCAACCAGUCGGUCGAAGACACCUCGCGAGGUCAUCUUGUGUUUCGGAGGCCAGAUCUCUAAUUAUGUCGGCCUGGAUCGAGAAGUCUACGAUAAUGUUGCUCUACUCCGGAAGCACCUCGCCAGCUGUGACGCUGCAUGUCGCGAUCUCGGGGUUGACAGUAUCUUUCCCGGCAUCUUCCAAAAAUCACCAAUUUCCGACCCGGUGAAGCUUCAAACGAUUCUCUUCUCCACCCAAUACUCCUCGGCGAAAGCGUGGAUGGAUUCAGGGGUCCGCCCUGUUGCUGCGGUGGGCCAUAGCUUCGGUGAGCUAACCGCACUUUGCGUCACGGGUAUACUGAGCCUUGCCGACGCGAUGAAGAUGAUUGUUGGCCGUGCCACCGUUAUUCGUGAUUUCUGGGGAGAAGACAAGGGAUCCAUGAUUGCAGUUGAGGCAGACGAAAAUAGAGUCCAGCGGCUGCUUGCUGAAGCAGCCAAACAGUGCGAGCUGAUUCACGUAAGAGCACCUACCAUUGCAUGCGUUAACGGACCGACCAGUUACACAUUAGCGGGACCGGUUAAAAGCAUUGACAUCGUCACGGAAGUGAUCAGUAAAUUAUCUGACUCUGGACCCUCAAUCCGCUCGAAGCGAUUAAAGGUGACCAACGCAUUCCAUUCCACCCUCGUCGAACCUCUGAUGGAGGAGCUCGAGAAGGUCGGACAGCAUUUGACGUUCAACACACCAACCAUACAACUUGAACGAGCUAUUGAGCACCGCUCGGAUGCUACGCUUACAAGCGACUAUGUUUCCGACCAUAUGCGCAACCCGGUAUAUUUCAACCAGGCAGUUCAGCGGCUGGCUCAGCAGUACCCGGAUAGCGUGUGGCUGGAGGCAGGGUCCAACUCCACCAUCACUUCGAUGGCUAGCCGAGCCCUAGGAUCUCCCAAGUCCCUUCACUUCCAAGCCGUGAACAUCACCUCGGACGAUUCGUGGUCCAUGCUGAUUACGAGUACACUGAGUCUUUGGAAACAAGGCAUAUCCACUAACUUCUGGGCCUACCAUGCGGAGCAGACAUACGAGUACAAUCCUGUUUUGCUCCCUCCGUACCAGUUCGAGCCAUCCAGACAUUGGAUGGAGCUCAAGGUCCCAAGCUUCAUGAGCACUGGGAAGGUCCAAUGUGGCCCACGGGAUGAAGAAGAGCCUCCUAAAACGCUAUGGAGCUUAAUCGAGGCAAGCGAUAAAGUGGCCCGUUUCCAGAUCAAUACGGCGGCUCCGAAGUAUGUGGAGCUGGUCUCCGGUCAUGUCAUCGCCAACACGGCGCCUAUCUGUCCUGCAACUGUGGAAGUUGAUAUUGUGGUGGAAGCAUUGCGUAGUCUGCGUCCGGAUUUCAUGGACUCUAAUCUACAGCCACAGGUGCUGGCGGUCACGAAUCAAUCGCCCAUCUGUAUCGAUCCGAAUCGCUCCGUGUGGUUGGAAUGCCAAGCGAUGGACUCCAACUCAGUAUGGGAGUGGAGGAUUGUUAGUGACAGCUUGCAAGAGCCCGGAACAUCCUCCUCAGCUCACGUGGUCGGAAAGUUGGCUUUUCUUUCAGGGCAAGAUGAAGUGAAACAACAAGAAAGUGAGUUCAUGCGGUUGGAGCGAUUGAUCGGGCACCAACGGUGUGUGGACCUGCUCAACACUACCGAGGCAGACGAUAUCAUUCAAGGUCGUAACAUAUACACGACCUUCGCUGGUGUUGUUGAUUACGGAGAGCAGUAUCGCGGACUGAAGAAGAUUGUUGGCAAAGGUCUUGAGUCUGCCGGGCGCGUACAGAAGAAACCAUCGGAAGAGUCAUGGCUAGACGCACACCUCGGAGAUUGCUUCAGUCAGGUUGGCGGCAUCUGGGUUAACUGCAUGACGGACCACAAUCCAGAUGACAUGUUCAUUGCGACCGGGUUUGAGAAGUGGGUACGUUCCCCUGCGCUGCGCCAUGGCCAGCCAAGACCUGAGAUAUGGGAUGUUCUGGCUUGCCAUCACCGGUCGUCGGAACAGACCUAUUUGUCGGACAUCUUCAUAUUCGACGCUGAACAAGGUGCUCUGACGGAAGUCAUUUUGGGCAUCAACUACCACAAAGUUGCAAAGGCCUCGAUGAGUAAGAUUCUCUCGCGUCUUUCUGGAACGGAGGCAGCCCCUUCGUCAAGCACACGUGCCCACCCAACAUCAUCUUCGUCCCCCCGACUGCCCGGGCCAUCCGUGCCAGAGGCUAAGAGCCAGAAUGAGACACAACCUGCAGGCACAAAUGCUGUCGCAAAGAAGAAGUCGGAGAAGUCGGCCCAACAGAACGUGCUCGAGAAGACGCGAGCCCUCCUGGCCGAAAUAUCGGGGCUAGAGCCUGGUGAGAUCGAAGCUGAGACUGGUCUGGCUGACAUCGGGAUCGAUUCGUUGAUGGGUAUGGAGCUGGCACGAGAUCUUGAGGCGCUCUUUAAAUGCCCCUUACUCGGUGAUGAGCUGGCGAAUGUGACCACCUUUCAGGGUCUGGUUGAGUACGUGCAAUCUGCAGUCGGGGUGCCAACCAACGGCGACGAGCCCGACAAUACUAAUGCGGACGAAGUCUCCGAAGAAGACAACGUCGCCCCAAGUCCGUCGAGCAGCAGCUCUUCCACCAAUCUUACGGAAGACAGCUCGCUCGACCCAACAGAGACUACAACUAAUAUCUCUUCCUACCCUGGUCAGACAAAAACAGAAAAGCCUGCCAUGCCGCCCGCUUCAUCCAAGACUCUAGAGCUUUCCCCUUCGUGGGUCCUCGAAGCCUUCGAGGAGUCGAAGCAGCUCACCGAUCACUUCAUCGAACAGUAUCGGUGUGCUGACUACGUCGAUACCAUCUUGCCCAAGCAAACCCAGUUGUGUGUUGCCCUGACCGUGGAGGCCUUUGAGAAACUGGGGUGUCCCAUACGCACCGCCGUCGCUGGCCAGAAGCUCGAGCGAAUCCUCCACAUUCCGAAGCAUGCGCAAUUGGCACAGUAUCUAUACCGACUACUAAGCGCUGACGCACGGCUCAUAAAUCUGGCCGAAGACGGUCGCAUCACCCGCACGCACAUGGCUCUUCCUAAGCCAAGUGAUCAGAUCCUCCAGGACCUCCUCCGGCUAUAUCCCGACCACGAAUGGGCCAACCGUCUCGCCGCUUUCACGGGCGCUCGACUCGCAGAAGUGCUGAAGGGAGAGACAGAUGGCCUGGGAUUGAUUUUUGGCACCGACGAAGGUCGCGAACUCGUAGCGGGCCUAUAUGGAGACUCUCUGCUGAACAAGCUUUCAUACCGACAGAUGGAGGACAUUAUUACACGACUCGCCUCUAGGAUUCCCAGAGACAGCGGUCCACUGAAGAUUCUUGAGAUGGGAGCAGGCACCGGAGGUACCACGAAGGGAAUGGCUCCUCUAUUAGCUCGACUAGGAAUCCCCGUGGAGUAUACCUUCACCGACCUGUCCGGAUCGUUUGUUGCCGCAGCCCGGAAGAAGUACCAGAAGGAAUAUCCGUUCAUGAAAUUCCAGGUGCACGAUAUCGAAAAGCCCCCCAGCGAUCAGCUCCGACACUCGCAGCACAUUGUGAUCGCCAGUAACGCCAUCCACGCAACACACAGCUUGACUGACUCCUCCCGCCAUGUUCGCGAAUUUCUGAAGACCGACGGCUUCCUCAUGAUCGUGGAGAUGACCCAGCCGGUUCACUGGGUGGACAUUAUCUUCGGAUUGUUUGAUGGCUGGUGGCUCUUCGCCGACGGUCGGGAUCAUGCGAUUGCCUCCGCAGGCUGGUGGGAGAAGGUCUUUCAGUCAGUGGGAUAUGGCCAAGUAGACUGGACAGAUGGCCAUCGCCCAGAGGUGCAGAUUCAACGCGUGAUAAUCGCCCUUGCCUCAGGGCCUCGCUAUGGCCGGCAGCCUCUCCCGCCGGCACCUCCCCCGAAGUUCGUUCCAGGAAGCCAUGCUAGUCGACAGGCCGCGGUAAAUGAGUAUCUCGAUAAGUAUACGAAAGGGUUCACGCUGCCCGCUCAAAGCUCUAACCCAGACAUCUCCAACUCAACCAGUUAUUGGGAGAAGCAAUGUGUGCUAAUCACCGGCGCAACCGGCAGCCUGGGGGUGCAUCUCGUGGCCGCCGUAGCAGCAUUGGACGACGUCCAAACCGUGAUAUGCCUAAACCGGCGCAGCCCAAUGGACCCAGACCUUCGCCAACAACAGGCAUUCGAGCGACGCGGUAUCCUCCUCGAAGCCGCCAGCAUGUCCAAGAUCCGCGUCCUACAAACCGACAGCAGUAAGCCGCAACUAGGACUCACCGAUGAAGUCUACAGCAACCUCGUAACCUCCACAACGCACAUCAUCCACAACGCAUGGCCCAUGACCGGUAAACGACCCCUAUCGGGCCUGGAACAACAAUUCCAAGUCAUGCGAAACCUCCUCGAUCUAGCAGCACAAUGCUCCUCUACUCGACCAGCCAACGCCCCGCGGAUCGUCUUCCAAUUUAUCUCCAGCAUCGCAACAGUUGGAUAUUACCCUCUAUGGAGUGGACAGACCUUGGUGCCCGAGGCCCGCAUGGGGAUCGAGUCCGUACUGGCCAACGGCUACGGCGAAGCCAAGUACGUCUGCGAGCAGAUGCUCGACCGCACUCUGCAUCAAUAUCCCGACCGGUUCCGCGCUAUGGCUGUCCGACUGGGUCAGAUUGCGGGAUCCCGGACAAGCGGGUACUGGAACCCGAUGGAGCACCUGUCCUUCUUGUUCAAAUCGGCGCAGACAUUGCAAGUGUUCCCAGACUUCACAGGUGAUUUGUGCUGGACGCCCGUUAAUGACGUCGCUGCUACGCUGAGUGACCUUCUACUUCGAUCUACGCAUUCAAAUAGUACGACCGACCAACAAAUAUACCACAUCGAUAAUCCAGUCCGACAAUCCUGGAGCGAGAUGGUACCGGUGUUGAUCGAUGCGCUCGGCAUCCCGGCUCAAAAUGUUAUUCCAUUUGCGGACUGGGUCUGUCGGGUGAGGGCAUUCCCCGGUCAAGUGGAAUGGGAUAACCCUGCUGCAUUGUUGAUUGAUUUUUUGGAUGAUCAUUUCUUGCGCAUGUCGUGUGGAGGGCUGUUGUUGGAUACGAAGCGAGCGUGUGAGCAUUCGCCAACUUUGGCGGCUGUUGGGCCGGUCACUGCCGAGUUAGCGAGGAAGUAUAUUCAGUCAUGGAAGGAGAUGGAAUUUUUGAAUCCUUGA